UCCCCUUCCUCUCUCUUUCAUUCCUCUCCCGGUCUCUCUCUCUCUCUUCUCGAGUUCCCUUGGAGCUGCAGCAUAGCCAAUCCCUCAGGUUGUUGGUCUCUGUUCCGGAUCCAAGAAUACUAGGAACUCUCCGCUGUCCGCAGGCGCGUGUUUUCUUGUUGAUGGCAGGAUCAACUACAUUUUGAGUAUUGUUGCACAAGCUUGUAACCACCAGUAUGUCGGCUAAGGCUUCAGGUCGUACAUACAGACACACGGAUGAUUCACAAAUGGCAUACUACAACAAUUCAGUGCCUUUGGGGGAAAAUGGAAGGUUCUAUGUAACGCAAAGCCAUCUGGAUGUUCACUACGUUUCUUCAGAUGAGGGGUCACAGAAGAUAAGAUCCAACCCUCAAGUAUUUGAGCCACAGUACUGCACCCUGGAGUCAUCAUCAGGGAAUGGUGUGUAUCCUACACAAAGCUCCACAUCUUCUCAGAGCAUCUCCCCUAUAAGUGGGAGCCCCUUGUCUCAGCAUGACAGCCACUCAGACCAUGUAUAUGGUUCACCCCCAAGUGUCUCCUGUGUCACUGAGGUUGCGGAUCUCCAGGUUAAACUGAAGGAGCUAGAGAAUGCAAUUCUUGGACCUGAAUUAGACAUAGCUUAUGACAGCCCUGAGAGCUCCUUGCAAGCUAACAAUCCUUUGAAACCUGAUAAUUGGAGACAACUUCUGGGAAUUAAUACAGGGGACUUGAAGGAGGUGAUCAUAGCAUGUGGUAGGGCUGUUGCCGAGGAUGAUGUAUUUGCAACAGAACUACUGCUAUCAGAGCUAGGUCAGCUGGUGUCUGUCUCUGGUGAUCCAAUGCAACGACUGGGUGCAUAUAUGUUGGAAGGCCUUGUUGCCAGGCUUUCUUCCUCUGGGAGUAAAAUAUAUAAAUCCUUGAAGUGUAAAGAACCUACAGGCUCUGAGCUCAUGUCAUACAUGACUCUUCUUUAUGAGAUCUGCCCAUUUUACAAGUUCGGUUACAUGUCAGCAAAUGGUGCCAUAGCUGAAGCUAUCAAAGGUGAGAACUUUGUUCACAUCAUUGAUUUCCAAAUUGCACAGGGGAGCCAGUGGGUAACUGUUAUACAGGCUCUUGCCGCGAGACCUGGUGGUCCACCAUGCCUAAGAAUCACUGGUAUUGAUGACUCAGAUUCUGUUUAUGCCCGAGGUGGUGGACUGGAUAUAGUUGGGGCUAGAUUGUAUAAUGUUUCUCAAGCGUGUGGUCUUCCCUUUGAGUUCAAUGCUAUUCCAGCCGCUAGCCAUGAGGUUUACCUUGAGCAUCUUGACAUAAGGCCUGGGGAGGUUAUUGCUGUGAAUUUUGCUUAUCAGCUGCAUCAUACUCCUGAUGAAAGCGUGAGCACAGAAAAUCACCGCGAUAGGAUUUUGAGAAUGAUCAAGAGUCUCUCUCCAAGGGUGGUGACUCUUGUUGAGCAGGAGUCAAAUACAAACACAGCUCCAUUCUUCCCAAGAUACUUAGAGACUCUUGACCACUAUACGGCAAUGUUUGAGUCAAUAGAUGUUGCUCUUCCGAGGGGUGAUAAGAGAAGGAUGAGCGCAGAGCAGCACUGUGUUGCGAGGGAUAUUGUCAACCUAAUCGCGUGUGAGGGCACUGAUAGGGUUGAGAGGCAUGAGGUGUUCGGAAAAUGGAAGGCAAGAUUUGAAAUGGCUGGAUUUAGGCCAUACCCGCUUAGUUCAGUGGUGAACAACACCAUCAAAACACUGCUGAAUAGUUACAACAGUUACUACAGGCUUGAGGAGAGAGACGGUGUCCUUUACCUUGGAUGGAAGAAUAGAGUGUUGGUUGUGUCUUCUGCAUGGUGUUGACAUGUCUUCACGAGAAUCUGAUGUCCCACUGUGUCUUGGUCUCCAUCUCAGGGAUGCAAGAAAACCUGCGCUUUGUAGUGAUACAACACUACUUGUGCUGCUUGAUCGUGUUCAGUUAUCAGCUCACCCAUGCUCACUGGCGAUUCUAAUAGAUGUUGUAAUGUUUGGAGAUUAAGAUAGGCAGGCACAAGAUUAGUCUCUGCAUGUAUGUGUUGACCCUUAAUAUGUAGAUUGGCAUAGCGGUGCUAUGGUUUGCUGUAAUGCUAUUACUGGCUCUUGUAACACUACAUGAUGUUACAUCGUACCCUGCCCCUGCAGUUGUUGUAGAUGUUUAUGUUUUUGAAGAUUGCCUUUUGUCA